AGAGAAAAACCCGGCAGAAACAAGGGAAAGUUGCACAGACUGCUAAACCCUCUGGCUGAGAAUCCAUGAUGUCUGAUCCAUCAGAAAAUGGUCACUUUGGCAUGUCUGACUACGAUCAAAUAGAGGAUGAGUCCUUUCCCCCGCUCCCACCACCGCUGUCCCCUGGAGAGGGCAACUUCGAUGAGCAGCCUACAGCCAAUGGAGAGGGUGAAGAGGGAGAGCUGUCCAGGUUACCUGAUGUUCCUGUAGCUAAAAGACACAUAGUUAAGAGACCGCAGCCUAAACUAGACUCUCAGAGGCUUGUGUCUGAACGAGGACUUCCAGCCUUGCGUACAUUAUUCAGUGAUGUCAAAUUUAAAGGCAAAGGCCAUGAGGUUGAGGAUCUUAAGGUUCUAAUGCAGAAAAUGGAGAACUGGGCUCACAGACUUUAUCCCAAACUACAGUUUGAGGACUUUAUUGACAAAGUGGAGGUUCUAGGAGGCAAGAAAGAAGUACAGACAUGUCUCAAACGAAUCCGACUGGAUAUGCCUCUGACCCAUGAGGAUUUCAUUGGAAAUGAUGGCGACGAAGCAGUGGUCCAUUCACAGGAAGAUGCAGACCCGUUUGAAGAUAGAAGUUUCUCUGAAGAUCCAUUUAUCCACUCCACUCCUGCACCGCUGUCUCUUACAGAAGAACAGCAACAGCGCAUCGAACGCAACAAACAGCUGGCUCUGGAAAGAAGGCUGGCUCGACAGAAACAGCUAGAGUCGUUAGAGUCAGCUUUCCCGGAUGAACCUGCUGCAAGUCCCACAGCACAUCACUUCAGCCAAGAUGACCAGAAAGAACUGGAUCAGACCACAGGAAACACUGACAUGCCUUUGAAACAGGAUCCUGUGGAGUCUCAGAGCUCCCCUCACACAAACAAAUGUGACAGUCCAGUUCCAGAAAUAACAAAUGACCGAGAUAAUGAGAGUGAUUGAUCAGUUUUAUUCUUCCUGAUUAUGCCAGAAAGUUUAUGAUGGACACAAAAUGGCUGCCAAAAAACUAGUUCAGAGUAAGAAAGAAAGGAAAAAAAACUUUCGAUUGUAACUGUUAGACCAUGAUAUGUACUUCCCCUGGUCGUCCAGCCAAGUGCAGAUAGACUGCUUGUGUUGUUCUUGACAUCCUCUGCGAGGAUCUAUAAUGAGAACAGACUGCCUCGAGUUACGUUUUACAUCCUUGUUGUAAUGCAAAACUAUACAGAAAGAACCAGCUGCUGUAGCUGAUUUUUAUUUUUUAGUAGCUGGUGUUAUUGGGUUCUGUUUAUAACAUCUAAUAAGUAAAGUCUAUACCCAUAACCCCAGUGUUGAAUGCUGAAUGUGUUCAGUUAAGAAAUGCACCUCCACAUAAGGUCUAAGCUGAUGGAGUCUCACCUAGACCUUAGCAGAUUUAGGAAGGUUUUUUUUUAAUGUAUUAUAGUAUUAAAGCAUAACGUAAUCCAGCCAUCACUAACAAAAGUGUUUGAGUAGAACAGUGGGUUUGUACACUGUUUAGGAAUUUGAGUUUUCAUAAUUCUAGUACAUUUUCUUUACAGGGUUUGUCUUGGGUGUUCAUUUUUAGCAUAAUUUUCCAUUCAUAUUUUGUUAAUAAAGUCUGUCUUGUUUAA